CUCUAGGCCAAAAGGAGCACGAUGGCAGCGCCCUCCCACACAAUCCUCUUGACAGGUGCAAAUGGCGGUCUCGGCACCGCGAUUGUCAAGGCCAUUGUCGGAAACGCGAAGCUGUCAGCUCAACACCAUGGACUGUAUACAGUUCGAGACCCAAGCACGGCGACUUCGCUCCGGUCGACCCUGCGCGCUGCCAGCAGUUCUCACUCGGCUGAUGUUGUUUCGCUUGACCUUUCGAACCUGUCGAGCGUACGCGAGACCGCCGCAACCAUCAAUGCCAAAGUUGCCGCUGGCGAAAUCCCGCGGAUCCGGGCCUUGAUCCUGAACGCAGCGCACCGUGACCAGCAAGGCCAAACGCAGACUGGAAGCGGCCUGGAUCUUGCUUUCGCAAUCAACUAUCUAGGGCAUUGGUUGUUAGUCCUGUUAUUGUUGAAAAGUAUGGAUCGGCAAUCGGGCAGGGUGGUCGUCUUGGGAAGUUGGGUUCACGACCCCCUUGACGAUACCAAUAAAGUUAGUGGUGCAUUCGAAAACGAAAAAUGGAAGAAGAUCUUGGCCGACACAAGCAGCGAGACUGUCAAGUCGAUUGCAACGGGCGCAUGGAGCCCAUCUGAGGAUCCAUCCAAAGAUCGACUCAACCUCGGUGGAAUCCGGAGAUAUGGAGCCUCGAAGCUGUGCAUAGUAAUGAUCAUUAUCGAGCUGCAACGUCGCCUCAAUUCAGAUCCUGAGUUAAGCGGCAUCUCAGUUCUCGGUGUUGAUCCUGGAUUGAUGCCCACGAAACUCAACAUGGGCGGUCUCGGCUGGCUGAAGACAUUCCUUUUUACCCUCGUCAUGUACAUCGCUGCCAUACUCUCGCCCAAUGGCACGCUGCGCUCGACAGCCAAGUCGGCCAGUGACGUUCUCGCAGCUGCUGUGGAGACUCGCCCGCCUUUUGGCGAUCGUCCCAAAGGUCUCUAUAUGAACGGGUCCGAACCCAAGGAUGUGAGUGUCGAGGCCAAGGAUGCCGAGAAGAGGGCCAGUGUAUGGAGAGCCGCUGUACAAUACACUGAGCUGAAGCAGGAAGAAACUUGCCUGGUCGACUGGGCGUGAUGGGUGCUGUUGCCGUCUCGGCUCUCGCCGAGCGAAGCUUAUGAAUGGAGGGUGGGAGGACAGGACGGUUUGGGAUACACCUCCGUCCAUCAAGUACUGUUGUAUUCCAUAUACUGUAAUCCUUGAAUACCUGAAUGCUCGUAAACUUGGAAUUACCAUGGUAUUAUAGACCUCUUUGGAAGACAGAUCUACUAUC